CAGCGGGGCUGGAUGUGCCCGGCUCCCCCCGCGCUGAGGUGGGCAGCGAUGCAGAAGGCAGGCGGCAGCUUCGCCUCCGCCGAGAGACACCCGCUCAAGAUGGCAGAUGUGUGUUGAGUUUGGGGGGCUGCGAUCUCGCGUCGUUCGUGGCGGCGUUGCCAUGAAUAACAGGCGUCCUUGCACCGAUGGCCCCCAUGUACGAAGGUAUGGCCUCGCAUGUGCAAGUUUUCUCUCCUCAUACCCUUCAGUCAAGUGCCUUCUGUAGCGUGAAGAAACUGAAAGUGGAGCCGAGUUCAAACUGGGAUAUGACUGGGUACGGCACACACAGCAAAGUCUACAACCAGAGCAAGAACGUGCAGUCCUCCCAAGCAGCCGCCGCAGCAGCCGUCAACGCCUCCCUCCAGAUCCCCAAUCCGAGCAUCCCUUACGAGCAGACCAUCAUCUUCCCAGCCAGCACGGGGCACAUCGUGGUUACAUCUGCCAACAGCACUUCUGGUGUGGUUGCAGUGUCUGGGCAAACACUGGGCGGGCCACACAACCUGAUGCGUCGCAGCACUGUGAGCCUUCUGGACACCUACCAAAAAUGUGGACUUAAGCGCAAGAGUGAGGAGAUUGAGAACACAAGCAGCGUGCAGAUUAUCGAGGAGCAUCCACCAAUGAUUCAGAACAAUGCCAGUGGGGCCACUGUAGCCACCGCCACCACCUCCACGGCCACCUCCAAAAACAGUGGCUCCAACAGCGAAGGGGAUUACCAGCUGGUGCAACAUGAGGUGCUCUGUUCCAUGACCAACACGUACGAAGUGUUAGAGUUUCUUGGCCGUGGAACAUUCGGACAAGUAGUCAAAUGCUGGAAACGUGGCACUAAUGAGAUUGUGGCUAUCAAGAUCCUAAAAAACCACCCUUCUUAUGCCCGGCAAGGCCAGAUUGAAGUGAGCAUCCUGGCUCGGCUGAGCACAGAAAGCGCGGAUGACUACAACUUUGUCCGUGCUUAUGAAUGCUUCCAGCACAAGAAUCACACAUGCUUGGUAUUUGAAAUGUUGGAGCAGAACCUCUAUGAUUUCUUAAAACAAAAUAAAUUCAGUCCCUUGCCCCUUAAGUACAUUCGACCAAUUCUGCAGCAGGUAGCAACUGCCCUAAUGAAGCUGAAAAGCCUGGGACUGAUUCAUGCUGACCUCAAACCAGAGAACAUCAUGCUGGUAGACCCAUCCCGACAGCCAUAUAGGGUCAAGGUCAUAGACUUUGGUUCAGCUAGCCAUGUGUCUAAAGCUGUGUGUUCUACUUACCUUCAAUCCAGAUACUACAGAGCCCCUGAAAUCAUCCUUGGUUUACCCUUUUGUGAAGCAAUCGAUAUGUGGUCAUUGGGAUGUGUUAUUGCAGAGCUGUUCUUGGGCUGGCCCUUGUACCCAGGAGCUUCAGAGUACGAUCAGAUUCGCUACAUUUCACAGACGCAGGGCUUACCAGCAGAGUAUUUGUUAAGUGCAGGGACAAAGACUACAAGGUUUUUCAACAGGGAUACAGACUCACCGUAUCCCUUGUGGAGGCUGAAGACGCCAGAUGAUCAUGAGGCAGAGACGGGGAUUAAGUCAAAGGAAGCAAGAAAGUAUAUUUUCAACUGUUUGGAUGAUAUGGCACAGGUAAACAUGACAACGGAUUUGGAAGGCAGCGAUAUGUUGGUGGAAAAGGCAGACCGGCGGGAGUUCAUAGAUCUGUUAAAGAAGAUGUUGACAAUAGACGCGGAUAAGAGGAUAACACCCAUCGAAACUCUGAGCCACCCCUUUGUCACCAUGACGCACUUGCUCGACUUCCCUCACAGCACACAUGUCAAGUCCUGCUUCCAGAACAUGGAGAUUUGCAAGCGGCGGGUGAAUAUGUACGACACGGUGAACCAGAGCAAGACGCCAUUCAUCACCCACGUAGCCCCAAGUACAUCGACCAACCUGACCAUGACUUUUAACAACCAGCUGAACACAGUCCACAACCAGACCACCAACCUGGCUCCCACCUCCUCCAGUGCCACUAUUUCCUUAGCCAACCCUGAGGUCUCCAUACUAAAUUACCAAUCUGCACUCUACCAGCCCUCAGCGGCGUCCAUGGCUGCGGUGGCCCAGCGGAGCAUGCCCCUGCAGACGGGAACGGCGCAGAUCUGUGCCCGGCCAGACCCCCUGCAGCAAGCCCUCAUCGUCUGCCCACCAGGCUUCCAAGGGUUACAAGCCUCCCCUUCGAAGCACGCUGGCUACUCGGUCCGGAUGGAGAACGCCGUUCCCAUUGUCACUCAGGCUCCUGGGGCCCAGCCUCUUCAGAUCCAGCCAGGACUCCUCGCACAGCAAGCAUGGCCCAGUGGCACUCAGCAGAUCCUGCUCCCUCCCGCCUGGCAGCAGCUGACCGGGGUGGCCACCCACACUUCUGUCCAGCACGCGACUGUCAUCCCGGACUCCAUGGCCGGCACCCAGCCGCUGGCAGACUGGAGGAACACGCACGCCCACGGCAGCCACUACAACCCCAUCAUGCAGCAGCCCACGCUGCUGGCCAGCCACGUGGCGCUGCCCGCCGCCCAGCCCGUCAACGUGGGCGUCGCUCACGUCAUGCGCCAGCCGCCCGCCGCCGCCUCCGCCAGGAAGAGCAAGCAGCACCAGUCGGCUCCACGCAACGCAUCCACCUAUGAAGUGUCAUCCUCUCAGUCCCUCAGCUCUCCGCAGCGGUCAAAGCGAGUGAAGGAGAACACGCCUCCGCGCUGCGCCAUGGUGCACACCAGCCCUGCCUGCAGCACCUCGCUCACCUGCGGCUGGGGCGACGCGGGCAGCGCGCGCGAGCGGCAGCGGCAGACCAUCGUCAUCCCCGACACCCCCAGCCCCGCCGUCAGCGUCAUCACCAUCAGCAGCGACACGGACGAGGAGGAGGAGCAGAAACAUGCACCCACCAGCACCUUGUCCAAGCAAAGGAAGAAUGUCAUCAGCUGUGUCACCGUGCAUGACUCCCCCUACUCCGAUUCCUCCAGCAACAACAGCCCCUACGCCGUGCAACACCGCACAGGGCAGAAUAAUGGGAACAGCUACGACACCAAAGGGGUUCCAGAGACUCACUGCAGUGGGAACCCCCGAACGAUCAUCGUGCCACCACUGAAAACCCAGGCCAGUGAGGUGCUGGUAGAGUGCGAUAGCCUGGCACCAGUCACCACCAGUCACCACUCAUCCUCCUACAAGUCCAAGUCCUCCAGCACCGUGACCUCCACCAGCGGUCACUCUUCAGGGAGCUCGUCUGGAGCCGUUGCCUAUAGGCAGCAGCGACCAGGAGCACAUUUCCAGCAGCAGCAGCCUCUUAAUCUAAGUCAGGGCCAGCAGCACAUCUCGACUGACCGCACAGGGAGUCACCGGAGACAGCAAGCCUACAUCACUCCAACGAUAGCUCAGGCCCCGUACUCUUUCCCGCACAAUAGCCCCAGCCACGGCACAGUUCAUCCCCACCUGGCCGCGGCGGCCGCUGCUCACCUGCCCACCCAGCCCCACCUGUACACAUACACCGCCCCCGCCGCCCUGGGCUCCACGGGCACCGUCGCGCACCUGGUGGCGUCGCAAGGCUCUGCCCGGCACGCGGUGCAGCACACCACCUACCCCGCCAGCAUCGUCCACCAGGUCCCCGUCAGCAUGGGCCCGCGCGUCCUGCCCUCGCCCACCAUCCACCCGAGUCAGUACCAGGCUCAGUUUGCCCAUCAGACCUAUAUCAGUGCUUCUCCAGCCUCCACAGUCUACACUGGAUACCCACUGAGCCCCACCAAGGUCAACCAGUACCCUUACAUCUAAACACUGGAAUAAAGAGCGAGAGACGCACCCAUCCCGGGGGGAGUGAGGCAGCCGCUUUUGUAUUGAAGAACAUGACAAACUAACAAUGCAAUGGGAGGCUCGUGUGAAACUUGAAUGAAGGAGACUUUAGGAAGAAAAGAAAAUGAGGAAAGAAGGGGAAAACCAAUUCUACAAUUUUUAUUUAAAAAAAAAAAAAGAAAAUGGAAAAAAAGAACAGAAAAAAAAAUAAACCACAAAAACCCAACCAUUCUGCACCAAACUAGAGAGAAAGAGAGAAGGAGAAGGACCCUCCAGCGGGUCCUGUCUUUUGAAGAACUUCACCAACAGACUUUUAAAGGUUAUUUUCAUCCAAUAGUGAGCUACAUUUAGAAAUUUGUUGUCCAGAACGCCUAAAAUGAAAUCCAUUAGGUUUUUAAUCCUGUAGUUACAUGAAUUAGGGAUUUAUCCAGCAUUUCAAAGGGUUUAUACAGUUUUUGUAUUCCAAAGUAUACACAGGUUCAAACCUGUGGAAAACAGAAAGUGGGUAAGGGAGGCUGAGGGUGGAGGACAAAAUGUUGUCCCAGUGCUCUAAAUUUGGACCUAACACUGCUACACUUAAAGACACCUGGGAAAAACAGGCCAUGCAGCACUGGUUGAGAGCAGAAGCAAUGAGGGGUGUUUCUCCCUCUUCUUGAACACACUGGAUAAAUCCCUGAGAAAUGCUAUUCCUAAACAAGAUCUCUAAU